AUGGAUCCAAUCGAAGCUCGAACUGAAAUCGCUAAAGCUUUGGAACCUUUCUUGGGUCUUUCUGCUGCUUGGUGUCCCAUAGCUGUUGUUCGGGAAGGUUCCCAGGAAGGUAGUGGGAGCAUGAAAUCCUUUAAAACGAGAUCAGGAUCCCAUUCGAUGCCAACCAUGCUGUCUAAAUUUCAGACAAUGAUCGACUUGUCAGGAGCCUUUGGGUCAAUCUUUGCUAGAGUCGAAGAACCACUCAAGCAACUGUCAAUGGAUCUUGGACUACUUGGCGAGAGGGUGCAAGAAGCUCAAAGAGAUUUAACUAUGAGACGUUGCCUGAUCCGAACCGACACAAUCAGCUCCAUGAUCAAAGACUGCGCUGGCGUAGAAACCCGACUUGGCUUGCAUUCUGCUGUUCUAAAUGAUCUACAACCAGAAUUACAACAAAUGUGGCAGGAACAACUAGAUAGGGUUCGACGACAGCAAAUAAUCUAUAGGGAAAAGGUUGAAGAGUGCUUAACCCUAAGGGAAACUGCCAGGCAUGUGCUCACCGCAGCCAAGCAACUUCUUCCAUAUGCUACAUGUAUAGAGAGCAUGAGCGCUCUUAUUGAUCCUAAGUUGAAGAGUGCUUGA